UACGCUACCGGCUACCGCCAGCACCACCACUGUUUCAUUUGCAUAGCUAUAGCUCACAAACUUUUCUUCAGAUGGUUUUGGUUUCUUCUUCUUUUUUCCCGAGAAAGCGAUUUUCUCAGAGAAAGUUGAAGGAGGGGGCAACAGAAAAAGGCUGCUGGUUUUGCUUGCUUAUGAGUGUUGGAAAAUGAUGGGUUCUUCUUCAAAAGGAAGAUGGUUUAGCUACGAUUACUCUUUCAAGAUUUUGUUGAUUGGGGACUCUGGUGUGGGAAAAAGCAGUAUUCUCCUCAGUUACAUCUCCAAUUUUGUUCAUGAUCUCUCUCCCACCAUCGGUGUGGAUUUCAAGAUCAAGACUGUAACAGUUGGUGGAAAAAGAUUGAAGCUAACAAUUUGGGACACAGCUGGACAAGAGCGGUUCGGAAUGUUGACAAGCUCUUACUAUAGAGGUGCACAUGGAAUCAUUCUAGUGUACGAUGUCACACGACGGGAGACAUUUACGAACUUGUUGAAUAUAUGGGCAAAGGAAGUGGAGCUGUAUUUAACCAACCAUGAGUGCAUAAAAAUUCUAGUUGGAAAUAAAGUUGACCGGGGUAGUGAAAGAGUGGUAUCGACAGAAGAAGGGAUGGCAGUUGCAGCGGAGCAUAAAAGUAUGUUUCUCGAGUGUAGUGCUAAAACUCGAGAAAAUGUCGAUAGAUGCUUUAGAGAUCUCUGUUUGAAGAUACUGAAAGUUCCAAGUCUACUGGAAAAUGGAUCAGUCGCCAUGAAGCAGCAAAUUUUGGACAAAACACGAGCACGCAAAGCAGCGGAAGAUGGAGGUUGUUGCCACUAACACGAUGGUGCGCGCGUUACAUCACAAGACACAAAACCAAACUUGCAGAAACAAAUUUAGGAGAUCUAAACAUACUGCUGAUGGAAAUUCUUGAGAAAAAAGGCACAAAUAAACCAUCCAAGGUGAUCAUAUAUGCUCUUUUGCAAUUCAAUUUAUGGCUAUCACUGCUCCCAUCAGUUUUUUUCCCGUUCAAAGAAAAAGAGGAGUGGCUGAGUUUUGUUGGGUAAUGUUUUUGAGUAAAAAAAAUGUAAUAGAAUCUCUGUAGAUAAUGUGAAUACAGCGAUAGUAAAUACAGUUUUUUCCCACUUUUGUUUUGGAAACUUCAUCCCAAAGUUUCAACUUCUGUUCAUACUGAUGAAAAAAAUAAUGCUGGUUUUAGUCUCUAGAAUGGUUGUUUGAUU